UCUUUGUUUGCAAUGUUGAGGCCAGAGAUUCCUCUCCCCAUUACAUCGCAAGGCCCUCUCUUUAACCCCAAAGUUGUGGCUGUCGUUUUUGCCGCAGCGGCAUCGGAGACGAGGUGAAGACCCUGAGGGCUCCGGCGGCGUGCGAGGUAGGGGAGAUAGGUGGUUGGUGCAGAAGAUGUAGAGGACACAACCUGUGCCGUCGUCGAUGGCGAACAGGGGAAACUGUUCCGUCCAUUAGGAACUUCAGUUUUCGGUGGCGUGCAAACCUUUGACAGCAUCUUCCUGUUUGAUGUUCAUGUGGUUAUGGAUAUGGAUUUGACAUGUUGUUCAUUCUUCAGUUAUGGAGAUACGCCCAAAUGUAAACUGGGAUAAAGGCCGUGCAUUGAUGUAUUUGCUUGACACUCUUGGAUUUGAGAGCUUUAAUGAUGUUCUACCAAUUUACCUUGGAGAUGACAAAACAGAUGAAGAUGCUUUUAAGGUUAUAAGACACAUUGGAAGAGGAUUUUCCAUCAUUGUUUCUUCAAUUGUCAAGGAGACCAAGGCUUCAUAUUCUCUGCGUGACCCUGCUGAUGUGAUGACAUUCUUGACAUGUUCAGCAAAAUGGAAGAAGAACAUGUUACAGAAAACUAAAUAGACUUAUGAGAUUGUAGGCUAAUUUGUUCCUUUUUAAAUUUAACAAAUUAUCCUUGAGUUUGUAUGUCGAGACAAGGACUUGAGGAUGAUAAUAAUAGGAAAUGAUUCUGUAGAUGUACUUCAGCUCUUCAAAUUUUUAUGGAGUAUCAUAGUUCUAAUUUUACAAAGUUACUU